AUGGCGGAAGAAGAAGUGGCCAAACUGGAGAAACACUUGAUGCUUCUCCGUCAGGAAUAUGUCAAGCUGCAGAAGAAGCUUACUGAGACAGAAAGAAGGUGUACCCUCCUGGCCGCUCAGUCGAACAAAGAGAAUGCCAGUGACUCCUUCAUCAGUCGGCUGCUUGCCAUUGUAGCUGAGUUGUAUGAGCAGGAGCAAUACAGUGACCUGAAGAUAAAGGUUGGAGACAAGUAUAUCAGCGCUCACAAAUUUGUAUUGGCAGCUCGCAGUGAGGCUUGGAGUCUGGCCAACCUGGUGUCGACCGAGGAGCUGGAUCUGUCAGAUGCUGACCCCGAGGUAACCAUGGCGAUGCUGCGCUGGAUCUAUACAGAUGAGCUGGAGCUGAGAGAAGACGAUGUGUUCCUGACGGAGCUGAUGAAACUAGCAAACAGGUUUCAGCUGCAGCUCCUCCGGGAAAGGUGUGAGAAGGGAGUCAUGUCGCUAGUUAACGUCAGAAACUGCAUCCGCUUUUACCAGACUGCUGAGGAGCUGAAUGCCACCACUUUGAUGAACUAUUGUGCCGAGAUCAUUGCCAGUCACUGGGAUGACUUGAGGAAAGAGGACUUCAGCAGCAUGAGCGCCCAGCUCUUGUACAAGAUGAUCAAAUCCAAAACGGAAUUUCCUCUGCACAAAGCUAUUAAAGUGGAGAGGGAAGAUGUUGUGUUCCUUUACCUUAUCGAAAUGGAUUCACAGCUGCCUGGUAAGCUCAAUGAACUCGAUCAUAACGGUGACCUGGCUUUAGAUCUGGCGCUCUCUCGAAGACUGGAAAGCAUUGCGACCACCCUGGUCAGCCACAAAGCAGAUGUCGAUAUGGUGGACAAGAAGGGUUGGAGUCUGUUGCAUAAAGCUAUUCAGAGGGGUGAUAAAUUUGCUGCUAACUUCCUUGUCAAGAACGGUGCCCGGGUGAAUGCCGCAACCCUGGGAGACCAGGUGACUCCCCUGCACCUGGUGGCUUCCUACAACCCCAAGAAGCACACGCCGGACGUCAUGGCGGAGAUGGCGCAGAUUGCAGAGUGUCUCUUAAAGGCAGGAGCCAACCCAAACAUGCAAGACAGCCAAGGAAGGACUCCGUUGCAUGCCUCCAUUAUUGUGAGGAACGACCAAGUAUUUAGCCAGCUGCUCCAGUGCAAACAGCUUGAUUUGGAGCUGAAGGACCACGACGGGAGCACCGCCCUGUGGCUCGCGGUUCAGUACAUCACUGUCUCUUCGGACCCAUCUGUCAACCCCUUUGAGGAUGUCCCGGUGGAGAACGGCACCUCCUUUGAUGAGAACAGCUUUGCAGCCAGGCUUAUCCAGCGUGGCAGCAACACGGAUGCGCCUGAUACUGUAACGGGAAUCAGCUUGCUGCAGAGGGCGGCAGGGGCAGGAAACGAGGCUGCAGCGCUCUUCCUGGCGACUCACGGUGCCAAAGUCAACCACAGGAACAAAUGGGGAGAAACGCCACUGCACACAGCCUGUCGACACGGCCUGGCCAACCUCACAGCAGAGUUGCUGCAGCAAGGAGCGAACCCCAACAUCCAGACGGAGGAAGCGGUGCCUGCCCAGAAAUGGGCAAACGUCCCAAACACAGCGGAUAAUGUCUAUUUGCAGACGCCCCUUCACAUGGCAAUAGCGUAUAACCACCCAGAUGUGGUGUCGGUCAUACUGGAACAAAAAGCUAACGCCCUUCACGCCACCAACAACUUGCAGAUCAUUCCUGACUUCAGUCUCAAGGACUCCAGAGACCAAACAGUAUUGGGGUUGGCAUUAUGGACAGGCAUGCACAUCAUAGCAGCUCAGCUCCUCGGAUCCGGGGCCUCCAUCAAUGACACCAUGUCAGACGGGCAGACGCUGUUGCACAUGGCAAUCCAGAGGCAGGACAGCAAGAGUGCGCUCUUCCUGCUGGAGCAUCAGGCCGAUAUAAACGUCAGGACGCAGGAUGGAGAGACGGCCCUCCAGCUGGGCAUCAAGAACCAGCUGCCGCUUGUGGUCGACGCAAUCUGCACGCGGGGGGCAGACAUGUCCGUGCCCGAUGACAAAGGCAACCCCCCGCUCUGGCUUGCUCUGGAGAACAACCUGGAAGAUAUCGCCUCGACGCUGGUGAGACACGGUUGUGACGCAACUUGCUGGGGUCCAGGGCCAGGCGGAUGUUUACAGACCCUCCUUCACAGAGCCGUCGACGAGAACGACGAACAGAUCUCCUGCUUCCUGAUCCGCAGUGGCUGCGACGUCAACAGCCCAAGGCAGCCAGGUGCCAAUGGAGAGGGGGACGAGGAGGCCCACGAUGGACAGUCGCCUUUGCACUUGGCAGCUUCUUGGGGCCUCGAAGAGGUGGUGCAGUGCCUUCUAGAGUUUGGCGCCAAUGUCAACGCACAGGAUGCAGAAGGAAGAACACCCAUCCACGUCGCUAUUAUUAAUCAGCACGCCGUCAUUAUCCAGCUGCUGAUCUCUCACCCUGAUAUCCAUCUCAACCUACGUGACCGGCAGGGCAUGACCCCUUUUGCGUGUGCGAUGACUUACAAAAAUAACAAGGCAGCAGAAGCAAUCCUGAAGCGGGAGCCAGGAGCCGCUGAGCAGAUGGACAACAAAGGACGGAAUUUCCUCCACGUGGCCGUUCAGAAUUCCGACAUUGAGAGUGUUCUGUUCCUGAUCAGCGUCCAAGCAAAUGUGAACUCCCGGGUCCAGGAUGCCUCCAAGCUCACGCCAUUACAUCUCGCUGUGCAAGCCGGCUCGGAGAUCAUUGUGCGCAAUCUGCUGCUCGCUGGGGCCAAGGUCAACGAGCUGAACAAGCACCGGCAGACAGCCCUCCAUCUUGCCGCCCAGCAAGACCUUCCCACGAUUUGUUCAGUCCUUCUGGAGAAUGGAGUCGACUUUGCGGCAGUGGACGAAAAUGGGAACAACGCCCUCCAUCUGGCAGUGAUGCAGGGGCGUCUGAACAACAUCCGUGUCCUCCUGACAGAAUGCACCGUGGAUGCAGAAGCCUUUAAUGUCAGAGGCCAGUCCCCGAUGCACAUCCUGGGGCAAUAUGGGAAAGACAACGCAGCGGCCAUCUUUGACCUCUUUUUGGAAUGCAUGUCGGAGUACCCUCUUGACAAACCAGAUGCCGAAGGAAACACAGUGCUCCUCUUGGCCUACAUGAAGGGAAAUGCCAACUUGUGCCGGGCCAUUGUGAGAGCCGGGGCACGCCUUGGAGUCAACAACAACCAGGGAGUCAAUAUCUUCAACUACCAAGUUGCUACAAAACAGCUUCUCUUCAGGCUUCUAGACAUGCUGUCCAAGGAACCUCUGUGGUGUGACGGCUCGAAUUGCUUCGAAUGCACUGCUAAGUUUGGGGUCACGACAAGGAAGCAUCACUGCCGGCACUGUGGGCGUUUGCUGUGCCACAAGUGCUCGACCAAGGAGAUCCCCAUCAUCAAGUUCGACCUGAACAAGCCGGUCCGUGUCUGCAACAUCUGCUUUGACGUCUUGACGCUGGGCGGAGUCUCCUAGUGUGGCCCGCAGGAAGGGGAGUGGCUUCCAAGCACUGUCCUGCCCACCCACCUUGUAGCCACUCAGUGACAAAUCACCACUCAGUGACAAAUCAAUGGGGAUGAAGGAGCUGAUACUUGUCUUCCUGUUACAAUAGACUUCGACCGACUUAAGGGACCACGUAAACACUAUAUUCCAGUAUAAAUGAGUAUUUUGUACAAGUGCCGGAUGUUAAUGGUGGGUAGUGGCUAGAAACUGGACCUGGAAACAAACUGGGACUGUUGCAAAGUGAGAAAAUGAACACAAAUUGGGUUUGACCCUCCACUUAUCAUAGUAUGGGGUAUCGAAAGUGAAACUUAUUGCAUUAACUGAUCAUGUCACACAAUAGGCCUUAGCAGGCCUUGAUGCAGGAACUCUCGGAAGUCCUGUGAUGGAUCUUUCCCCCCCCUUUUUUUUAAAAGAGAGAUUGCUAGCUCUUGUCUCUGGGUAACUACGUGUGAUCUUCCCCCUUUUUGUUACAUUCUCCGAGAGACUGAUCCUAUACUUGUUCAGCUUUUUUGUCAAAUGGGCAACUCCACUGUGCACAACAAACCGCCCUUUCCAAAAACAGGGUUUUGUUUAACACAUUGCUGAGUUCUUUUGUGUGGCCUUACGUCAAAAGCUUUAGAGUUUUCCCUCCUGUAGGAACGGAACCACAACUACAGCUCUCGUGUCUUUGCCCGGUUCUCCCCCACCCCAUUCCGUGCUCUCAAGUCCAAGGGGACAAGAGGUGAGGCUGUCUUGACCGCAUUCAGCGACUGCUCCUCGAAGGAAGAGAUCCGCAUAAGCUACUGGCUUGUCUCCUGCCUAACGAUCAUCAGUUUGCUUGGCAAAAAUAGUCCUAUGUUUACAAUGAUGAUGCAGGAAGUUCCGGUGGUGGUGGUGGAGUUAGAAAGGAAUGUUUGGUGCGUCAGAGCUCCUGUGGAGUGCAUGUGUGAUGAUGUACGGUGAAUCUGGGGAUGAGGCAGCCGCUGGUGCCCGACAGAAAGGGGAUGACCCCAAGGAGGACGCUGGUCACGGAGGAAGUCACGUCACAUUUUGCUCCCACGACUCGAGAUGGCUAGGGUGCACGGCAUUUGCCGCUUGCCCCGAUGUGGGAGUUUUGUUUCAGUUCUGGACUCCAAUAUAGAAGCACACGUUCCCUCCACUGCAUCCCCUUUGCAAGGGUUAUCUUACACUAGCUGUGCUUCUAGAGAACAGCAGAAUUGGGUCCCCCUCGAAAGGAAGACCCUGAAUGAUGUCGUGACUGGCGAGUGUGACUGUUAACGGCUGCAAACCCACCAUAUGUUUAAGUAGAAAACUUGUUUGCCUUUAAAAAAAAAAAAGAAAAGAAGCAAACAAAACCAGAAAGAAGUGUGUAGCUCAAACCUCUUUGCCGUCCCACAAACGAAAUCACUCGUGACGUGCAUUUCUCUUACCUUCGGUAACUACUACUUUUCCAGUGCGUGAAUGUGUGUAUGCAUGGAAGGGGAGGCAGAAUAUCAUUCACAACUUCGGGUCCCGUUGACCACCCCGCCCAAUACUAACCUGUCCUGUAAUGUUAUCAACUACGUAUAUAUAUGUAAAAAGAGCUGAUAUCAGAGUGCUACUUUUCUAUAUUUCUGUGAUUUAUAGGAUAAUUACUCCUUUGUAUGUUAAGUGAAAACCUGGGGUGCGUGCAGUAAAAAAAAAAAGAGCGAAGAAAAAGCUGACUCUUUAAGGGAGAACUCUUAAAAGUUAAUGCUAAAACAGUACAUUUCAAGAGGGAUCUGAGUUUGCUGCUCGGCCUUCUAGACCCUGUGGGAAGAAAAACUGGAACUCUGGCCUCUUCAGCUGUGUGGCAGCAAUGAAUUGUGGAGGGGGCUAUGUGGAGGGGUGAUUUUUUUGCGUGUCAGUCCACUCCCUCACUCUAAAAUGGGGCUGGGCAAUUUUUUGGGGUUUCAUCCUGCAUUAGAAAUGGAAGGAACCCGCAUCUAACUUAGGAGUCCUCUGAAGCAGGUGCUCUUACUGGUGCUCGGCCCUCAGCGUAUUUUCAGUUUUUGGGGAGCACUGGCCCCCACAGUCUAACCAGCCAGGGCUUCCAACAAAUUAAGCAGCUAGAAGGCUGGAUAAUAAGCAUCUGUGGGCCAGAGGUGUUAACUCGCCUUGAUGGAAUUGUUCUCUUUCCCACUUUACCUCCCAAAGAUUUUUGAAAUGAAUUGUCCAGACUGUUUGGUGUGGAGGGGGGGGGGAACACAUACAACCAAACCCUGAGACAUGGGGAUAGUCCGUGACCUUGACUGUCUGUCCAAGGUUAGUAGUCCAAAUGUGCACCCUCGAUCUGGAUCCAGUCUUGAUAAAAUGUCAUGAAUCUGAACUUCAGUUGAAGUCGUGAUAAGAUGGACUGUUUUUCCGAACUGGCCUUGCAUAAGUUUGAUAACUUGCCUAAUCCAAUGAACAAGUGCAGCUCUCUUCUGAUGGAUGGUAAAUUAGAUGACGAUUGACUUCCAGAAUGGCACGAGUGACCCACAGGGCCCAGGGGAAUGGGAAAGUGGAACACUGCUUAUGAGAUGUGGUCCUCAGGCAGUACGUUUGGGAAGGGGGGGUGAUUCUAGGUGGGCUUUGUCAGGUUGCACAAAACUAAUCACUGUAAAGCACUUUUAAUAAAACAUUUAAGUCUAAA